AUGUGGUUGACAAUUAUUCUUUAUACAUUAUUUCUAUACAUUAUUUAUCAUCUCAUCAAAUUUUGGAUCAUUUAUCCAUGGCGAAUUCAACGAGAUUUUUUUAAUCAAGGCAUUCCUGGACGAUACAUGCCAAUAGUUGGUGAUAUAUUACGUUAUCGUCAAGCCUAUCUUGCCGAUAAACCAUUCAGUUGUGUUGAAGAAGCAAAUGCUGAAUUCGGUGAUUACUAUCAUACAUCAUUCGGUCCAUUUCCUUGUUUGAAUACAAGUGAUCCAGCACUAAUAGAAGGUGUUUUAAAGACAAAUUAUAGAUUCUAUCACAAAUCUGAACUUUCAAGAGCUAUUGCUUCAACAGUACUCGGCUAUGAAAACAUUGUAUUAGCCGAAGAUGAAAAUCAUACAAGACAUCGACGAUUAGUUAGUCCAAUUUUUCAACAUCAAAAUAUCAAUUCAAUGACAUCACUAAUAGUUGAUACCAUAUCGAGUUUUUUGACAAAAUGGCAAAUCAAAACAUAUGAUAAAAAUUAUCCAUUGAUAUUGGAUGUAUCCAAAGAGAUGUCAAAUUUAACAUUAAAUAUUUUAAUCGGUUGUGUAUUUGGUGCCGAAAUAAUGGAAGAUUUAAAUAUUCAUGAAACAAUCUACCAAUGUGUUAAAAUAGCAUCAACUGAAAUAGAAAACCGAAUCUACAAUAUGAUUAUUAUGAUUCCAAUACUUAAUCAAUUGCCCUUAUUUGGUAAAAGACGUAUUGAUAAGUGUAGACAUGUUAUAAAAAACAUUGUUCUACAAAUGAUAAAUCAACGAAAACAGGGUUUAACAAGAGCAACUUGUAAAGGGCCCAAUUUACUGGAUCUACUUUUAGCAGCACAUGGUGAUGAUAGGAAGCAAAAAUUUACCGAUGAAGAAGUCUCAGAUGAAGCAAUUACGUUUGGUAAGGACUAG